UUCUUCUUCUUAAAGAUGAUUAACCUCGUACGCAGAAACCUCGCCUCCUCUUACAUUGUGAAAUCCCAUGUUUCUUUCUCAACACCUCUCCGUUUUUUGUCCUCCUCUUCUUCUUCUUCUUCGAGUGAAAAACAACAACUCCUCAGAACGAACCCUAAGGUGUUCGAUAUAUUGCUCCACAGACACCAUUUCACACCCGAAUUGGCUUCACGGGUUGCCUCCGCUUUAGCCCAUUUAAAAACCCCAGAAAAAGCUGAUUCAGUACUCUCAUUCUUCAAAGAAUCUGGUUUUUCGAAUACCCGGUUGGAGAAAAUCGUGAAAUACAGGCCUCGACUUCUCUCCGCUAGUCUCGAGGCUAGCAUUAAACCCAAGAUUAGGGUUUUUCAAGAUUUGGGUUUUUCUUCCGAUGACAUUUCAAUUAUAAUCUCGAGCAAUCCGGCAAUUUUGCAUUUGAGUGUGAACAAUAACAUCAUCCCCACAUUAUCUUUGCUCAAGGGUUUGUUGGGAUCCGAUUACGAUUUAGCCAGAUUAUUAAGAUUAUCCGCUUGGUUUGUGACAACCAAUUUGGAACAGACGAUGGUGCCGAAUUUCGAUUUCUUGAAGAGCUUCGGUAUACCUACGGAGCGUCUGUUUCUCAUCCUCCAUAGCUAUCCGAGGUUUUUCCUGCUGAAGCCGGACAUAUUACGGAGAUCUGUAGACAAGGCGGAAGAAAUGGGGAUCGAUCGGUGCUCCAAAGUAUUCAUAUAUGCUGUUCGAUCAAUUGCCUCAAUGAGCAACGAGGCGUGGGAACUUAAGCUGCAAGGCUUUCGGGAUUUGGGGUUUUCGGAAAACGAAAUAUUGGCAAUGUUCGUGAAGGCGCCGUCUGCUUUCUCUGGGUCAAUGGUCAAGAUCAAGAAAGUCAAAGAGGUUCUACUUGGUACUGGGAAGUUCAGUAUGUCGUGUAUUGUGAAUAAUCCGAUGUCGUUAGCCUGCAGCAUUGAGAGGAGAUUUAAGCCGAGGAUUCGGAUUUUAGAGAUUCUGGAGAGUAGAAAUCUGAUUACAAGUUGGCCUGGUCUCGGGAUAGUUUACACCUUAACGGACGAAAAGUUUUUCCAGAAAUUUAUCAGCCCUUAUAUGGAUGAAGUUAGUGAUGUGUACGUUCCGAUGAGUUCGGUUAGGGGUAGAAGGUUAUUAUGUUGAAGCUAACUGCGUGAGAAAUAGGGAGGAGAAUCAAGAAUCGAAGGCUAAGGGGGGAAGCAAAGGAUCGGAAGUCUCGACCAUGUCCUCACAUAUAACAUGUGCCAGGUAGUACCAAUGCCAAGUGGGAUUCGAUUAUAUAAUGCAGUUUUAGAAUUUUGCAUUUUAUAUAAUUAGUGCAAGUAAACAUUCGAGGGAGAAAGAACACGUUUUUUCAUCGAAAUGAUUCUUUUUUUUUUUGUUUUUUUUUUUUGUUUUUGUUUUAUCUAUUUUGCAAAGCUGUAUGAAAUAAGUGUUCGAAUCGAAAAACAAGGAAAAGUCGAAAGUUUAUUUUAUUGAAUGAACCUACAAUGGCAUAGAGAUGGAAAAUGUAAAAGCAGUCGUAACAUUCAUUAAUUUUGUCACUCUGAGCUAUGUCGACUAAAGGCAUUUUAUUUUUCUA